AUAAUCAGCACCUAUCGUGCUCAUGCAUGAUUACAAUGAUUAAUUUCUACUAAAUUCUAUGACGAGACUACGAAGGCUCGAGUACCACAUAUGAGGCAAGCGUCUAAUGUAAACAAUGAACAUAAACCCCGCUGCUGUGACUCACAAAGCCGAUGUUUCAUUAUCAUAUCACAAGCACAAGUUAACUUUAGUUGCACUCUGACACUCAACGACGUUCUACGCUUUUACAAUUUCUCUCAUUAGGUACAGACCGACUGUACAAUCAACGUGAGACCGCGGUAUUUUCCUCAACGGUAACAAAGAGUUUCGUCAAUUAAUUUAGUGUUCCGCCAGCCUGUUGAUCGGGGCACGUGAAUGCAUACGUGAUGCUAGGCGAGCGUUCGUUCGCGGUAAAAAUCGAAUGCAAAAAUGAUUAAAAGGAACGGUGAUAAUGUAUUUGCGAUCGCGAGCAACAGCCCGUGUGCGGUGCGGAGCGCUGUCUCGCUCUGUCCGGGAGGCGGCGCGGCCACGAGGAUACCGCGCGCGACAGCGGCCAGGAUGACGCCGCCCGAUGCGCACCACACCAAGGAAGCGAAUAUUGUUGCUGCAACUUUUGUUGAAAAGUGGAAAAACCGAUAUGAAGAAUCCGAAAGAAAACACAAAUCCAGCCUACUUAAAUCCGAAAAAGCCAAACGCGAGCAUGAUGACCUUCAGCGCCGCUUCAACCUGUUGUCGGACGAGCGCGCCCGCCUCGCGGGUUCACUCGCGGAGCGGGAGCGGGAGCUCUCGGCGCUGCGGGACGUGUCCGAGAAGCUGUUCCAGGAGUACCAGCAGCUGCGGAACCAGAGGGAAGUAGACGAGCAGGUGAUGCAGAAGGUAAUGCAACAAGCUGGCGAGUGGUACAAGCAAAACAAGCAACUGAAACGGCGGAGCCAGGCCAUCUUGCACGCUCUGCCUGCGCACGCCGAAAUAGACUUUACAGACUCCAAUUCAACCGCUUCAGACUCCAGCAGCAAUGAAGAGGUGGAGUUCCUAAAGCAGACCGUAUCUGACCUCAGCAAGCAAGUCGCCUCACUACAAGCAGAACUAAGCGCGGCCCGACUACAAGAGUUCGAGGCCCAUGAGUCCACCGCUGCCCUAGCCCAGGAGCUAGACGCCGAGAAAGAGAAGACAGCAGCACAAGAGAAAGAGCUAGAAGAACUUAAGAGUCAGAUCGAGCGGCACCACAGAGUCUCCAAACUGUUGAUGGAAGAAGUGACAGCACUCAAAGAUCAUGCUGACAAGGACAGAGAGAUGGCUGAAACUUACAAGUCGGAAGCCCGCGACGCCAAGAAGCGCGUGAAGGUGCUCACGCACCAGAGCACCCUGCUCAUGGGGGAGUUGGAGCUGGACGAGAGACUCAACAUGCUGCUGGGGGAGGUGGACAGUUUGAGGGACGCGUUGGAACAGCAGGCGGUGCGGCAUCGCGACCAGAUCGAGGACCUGCAGUUAAAACUAGCAGAAAAACACGAGGACACAGACAUACUCUUAUGGGAAGAGAAGAUCAAACUAGCAGAAAAAGACGCAAGGAAAGCCGUAGAACGAGCAGAAACAGCAGAAAGGAAACUAGCAGAAGAACGGAAUACGGUCGAACAGAAGCUUGCAGAAGAAAGGAAGAUAGAACAGAAACUAACAGAAGAAAAGAUAGAAGAACAGAAAUUAGCAGAAGAAAAUAAGAUAGUAGAACAUAAACUAGAACGGAAUGGGAAGAUGUUGGAAGAAGUAGUCGAAGACAGAAGGGAAGUGAAAAUUUCGCCGCCGAAGAAGGGUAGUCUUAUGUCGAGGAUUAGUUAUUUCGAAGGUGGACCGAAAAGGGAAGAAAAGAGAAAAGAGGUAUUUGCACCACCAAUGCCUCCCUUUCUCCCCGCUGUCCCGGCAUCUUCAGCGCCAGUGUUCUCCCCCCCACCGCCACCCAACACCCCCCCUCCCUCGUUACCACCCCCACCACCGCCACCGCCGCCACCACCAGCAGUAUUCGUACCAACCGGGGGAGGUGACAUGGCGCAUAUGUUGGCCAGUAAGCAGGGUAAUCUUAAGAAGAGCGUGCAGAAUGGAGGUGACCCAGCGAUAGACUCAAUAGUGGACCAGAUAAAAGGCGGCAACUUCACCCUGCGGCGUCGCGACCAAACCUUCCUCGAGAAGAAACCUAAGGAAGAGCAACCCGAGGCCGUCAAAGAGAUGCUCGCUAUACUGGGCACGCUGAGGAAGAGGCGAGUUCACAGGCCGAGCUUAGUAGGGGUCGGGGAACAGGCGUGA